GGAGCAGGAGAGGAAACCAGUCACAGAGAUGAUGAAGGAGGGCUAGGUUGAAGACGAAGGGCAGCUAGAAGCCAAGAUGGCGGCUCAGUCUGAAACAGACGGCUCAACUUUACUUAAGGCCUACCUUUGGCAAACAGUACUGCCAAUUGGGGAGAAGGUGCCAGAACUGGGACCAGAAAGCAGCAGAGGCAGGUGCAAGAUACAGAAAUGGAAGCGAGUACAAAGCCAGCCUGAGAGUGAAGUCCCUGAGCCUGACCAUGAUGAUCUCCCACCAUUGGUUUUCCAAGACAGCAGAGUGACCACCAAGAGAUCUAUCUUCCAGAGGGCUUUCUCUCUGCCAGGCAGGAUCAGCAAGGCCCAAGAGAAAAGCAGUAAGCUUAGCAUGAGGAAGUACCUGCGUUCCAUGUCUCAUUGGAAGAACCAAGAGGGGCCCUCCCAAACAGUGUGGGAGACCAAGGAAACAAGCAAAGGUGAUGAUUCUGUUGUCCAGUUGAUUCCAAGCAUGGGUCCUGAUGUUCCUCCUUGGGAUGUGGCUAAUGUAUCUCUGCAGGAUGGACGACUGAUCUUAUGGGGCAGAGAGGAGGAGAAUCUUCUUGAGAAGCGGAAACGAACCAGCAGUUCUGUUUCAGAGAAUAACUCAACAUUCCAAUCAGAUAAAGAGAAUACAGAGUUUUUCAUAAGAGGACAGGCUCCUGAGAAAAAGGCUUUCAAGGAUGCUUCUUCAGGCACACAGCUUGGCAAUGUGAAGGGAAUGCUUUGGAGACGGUUCAGAGAUUGGAAGGGACGGGUCCAUCCUAACACUGAUUCCUCAAGUGAAUCUGUUGUGAACAACAGGGAGGCCUUGCCUGGCCGAGCUCUGACCCUGGACCUGAGCAAUGAGAAAGAUGUCUUGAUCCGACCACUUCAUAGCAGCCUUGUAGAAGAGCAGCACUGUUUUGAGGUCCUGAGGGCUGGGAAACGCUACUGCUUUAGCUGUUCAUCUGCUGCUGAGAGAACCCAUUGGAUGGAGAACUUACGUCAAGCUGUUCAGCCCAGUAUGGACAACUGCCAACGGAUGGAACACAGGUUAAGUCUCUGGGUAUAUGAAGCCCGACACUUGUCACCCAGGAAGCACUACCACUGUGAAAUCCAAUUGGAUGGGGUCCUGUAUGCCCGCACAACAGCCAAGCAAGCCAGUCCCAUAGGAACUCUCUUCUGGGGCGAGCACUUUGACCUCAAGACUCUUCCACCAGCUGUGGAACUACAGGUCUGCCUGGUACAGGAAGAAGAAGGGCUGUGGCCAAAGGAGAGCCACAUUUCCAGUAUGUCUGUUCCCCUAAAAGAGCUGGCUGCUAUGCACCAGCCCUUGGAGAGAUGGUACCCACUGGGCAAAGAGAAGCCAAACAUGCCCACCCUUCGACUCCGAGGACGAUACUGCAAUUUCAAAGUGUUGCCCAUUGUACAGUACAAAGAAUUUGCUGAAUAUCUCACUUUCCAUUAUCGAGAGUUAUGUGCUUCAUUGGAGCCCAGCCUCAGUGCCAGAGACAAGGAAGAGCUGAUGAGUGUCCUAGUGCGGGUCUUGCAAAGCACAGGCAAAGCCAAGGAUUUUCUUAUUGACUUAGGUGUAGCCGAGCUGGACCGUUUUGAUGACCGGGAAGCUUUGAUUUUUCGUGAAAACACACUAGCCACCAAGGCCAUUGAUGAGUACAUGAAGCUGGUGGGAAGCCCAUACCUGCUGGCCACAUUAAGUGAUAUUAUAAUCAAGCCAAACUUUUUGGAGGAUUGCUGUGAAGUGGACCCAAGCAAAUGCCCUCCCCGUGACCUGGCUAGGAAUCGCAACCAUCUGCAACAACUCUGCAAAGAGGUCUUCCUAAGGAUUGUUAUGUCCAGCAGUUCCUUUCCAGUUGAGCUUAGCGAGAUCUUCACAGCCUGGCAAGAGGAGUGCCAGUUGCGGGGGAAGGUGGACAUUGGCCAGCGACUUGUCUCUGCUUCUCUAUUCUUGCGCUUCCUUUGUCCAGCCAUUAUGUCCCCCAGCCUUUUUGGCCUCACACAGAAAUAUCCCGAUGACACCACCUCCCGCACCCUCACCCUGGUGGCCAAGGUUAUUCAGAAUCUGGCUAAUUUCACCACGUUUGGGGAAAAGGAGGCCUAUAUGAGUUUCAUGAAUGAGUUUCUUCAGCACAACUGGUAUACCAUGAAAUCAUUUCUCAGCAGUGUUUCAAGCCCUGGUAGUACCAUAGCAUUGAGUGCCUAUAAUGACUCAAUUGACCUGGCCCUGGAAUUGUCCAUCCUUCACUCCUUGCUCUGCAACAUCUUCUCCACUCUGGAACAGUGGACCCAGGAGAAACUGCAGCCUCUGCCAGCAAUCCUCCAGGCCAUCCAAGAGGGAACCCCUGUGCCUGUCUCCAUUCUUCUUGGGCCUCACAUGGAGGAGAGGCACACUGAGAAACAGAAACUAGGGUUUGUGCCCCCACAGGAUCUGGGCAAGUAUAGUCCUCUGAUCAAGAGCCAGUCUAUGACUAGCAUCCAAAAGAACAGAAGCAAAGAAGAAGCCCUGACCCCUUUACAUCAAACCAAAAGCAGGAGCAAAGUGCAGCGUACUCAGAGUGUCCCAACCCAGACUAAGGCAUCUCGACGUCUCCACAAGCAGAGUAGCAUAGAGCAAGUGGUUGACAGUCAGGACAGCAACCCUCAACCUUAUGACUCCUCUCCAUGCAAUAGUGGCAGGCACAAGGCAUCUCAGGGAUGCUCAAAGCUCCACCCAUCUGUAUCGCUGCCUCAGAAACCAUCAGUCCCUUGGUUACGACAUUCAGAGGAUGCAUCAGCAAUGCAAAAUUGCCCAUACUCCAUGCAACCCCUGGAACAGUAUGCAAGGCAGAUGGAAGUGCUACAAAUGAAGCUGAGUUCAGCCAGAGACAAGCAGCAGCUCCUGGAGGAUCAGGUGAAGUCAUUGUCUGCCCAGAAUCAAGCACUGCUGCAGGAACAGGCCAGAUUUCAAGAACGAGAAGAGAUUCUUGGCAAGAGGCUAGAAGAGACAGAACUUUGCUUGGUACAACUCAGCAGCAGGAUGUCCUGCAUAGAGGCCAGCUGGAAGAAGGAUCAUGAAAAGCUGCAAGUGAGUGAGGAGAAGGCCAAACAACUGGAUUUGCAGUUCUCCACAAUGGAAAGGGACCAUGACCAGCUUUUCUGUACUGUUAGCCAGAUGCUGGGGUAUCGAGAUAACCAAUCACAUUACGGCAACAACUCUCAGGGCUUGUGUGGAUAAUAAGACUGAGAAUGGGAAAGCCAUGUUUCCCACACAGCUCUUGUAUGGAAUCCAGAGAAGUCAAGAGGAUGGGAAAACGUGCCUUCCACUA